AUGCCAGCGAGCUUUAUGAGCCUUCCUUCAGAAAUCCGUAUCAUGAUAUACAAGUAUGUCCUUGUCGACAGAAGCCCUCUCAGUCCAUGGAAACCUUUGAGUCCAUGGCACUUCCACGACAGGCUAGGACCCAACCUUCUCCGCACAAACACAACAAUCUUCCACGAAGCCAGAUCGUUACUCUACAGCCAUAACUGCUUCAACUUCAGCGAUCCUGAUUAUGACGAAGUAUGCCAAUUUAUGCUUAAGAUCGGCCGAACCAACGCCUCUCGCAUUCAGUACAUCAGAGUCGACUUUCCUGGCCUUGACCUUGUUAGCGGGAGAAUUCGCUACUUAUCAAGAGACAGUGCUCUCAUGAAGAUUCUGAUUGAGUCAUGGUGUCCGAACAUCAAAUGUCUUAUUAUCGCCUGGCAGGGCACGGAAUCUUUGGAACGCGCAUUCGAUCCGGAUCGGUUUGAUGAUCCAGAGGCCUGUGAAGUGGCAUUGAAAUGGGUCGACGGUCAUUUCAAGGUGCUUCCGUCGCUCCGGGAGAUAGUCAUUGAGGUUCGCGAACAUCGGCCGAGCUCAUACAUUCAGAAGUUGAUGAAGAGUCUGGGGUGGAUAGUUGUUCUUCCGCAUACAUAUCGUGGUGCCCUGUACUGA